AUGGAGCCGCACGGCAGCUCAGGCGGACGCCUCCGGGAGCCCGUGCACGCGCGUCGCAGCACGCACGAACCCGCCGGGGCCCACGCGGGCGGGCGUGUGCACGGCGGGCGGGCGUGUGCACGGCGGGCUGGCGUGUGCACGGCGGGCGGGCCCGGGCGGAGCGGCAGGUGUGAGCCCGGCCGCCCGCGCACGCGCACACGCGGAGACCCGGAGAGGCGCGCGCAGCCGCAGCGGCCGGCCCGGGUUCCUGGGCCCCGCGCGCCCCCUGCUGGACGCGGCCGGCAGCGCCCCGCGGAGCCCGGCGAGGGCGAGACCCCGACGGGAGGGUCCGUAGGGCUCCGGGCGAGCGCGGGGCGCCAACCCCAGGACCGGGGAGACCCCCAGCUCAGUCCCGUGCGGCCACUGGGACGGGAGGGUCUGCGGUGGAGCCCACGUGACCCUGAGCCCCGGUGUCACCCUCGGUGCCUCAGUUUCCCCCGCUGCACAAUGGAGGUGACGGGACUGAGCCGGCCCUUCCUCCCAGACCCCUGCGUGGUGACACCGAGAAGGGGCCAGCCACCGGGAAGAGGGCAGCAGGCAGAGGGAACAGCAGUUAGUGGGUGCGUGACCAGGGGGCGCAGGCCCCAGGCCGCCCCAAAGCCCAGCUCGGAGCCCCAGAACCUCCUGGGCCAGAGAGGGUGCCCCAAACACUCCACGGAUGGGGAAACUGAGGGUCGCGAGGGGGGGCCCCCGUGGCCGGCCUCCCGCUUCCCCUCCUGCAGCACAGGGGACUUCUCACUGCACGGGCCCUGUUACCCCAAACCCCUGCACACGGCCAGGCUCCCCACCAUGGCUUCCCACCCUCCCAGCCUUGCACCCCCCUGGAAUGACCUUCCCCCCGUUUCUGGAAGGUGCCGAGAUGCGGGUCAGCUGUGCCUGGGUGCCUGGGGGGGACGGGGCCCCCAGCGCGGGCAGAGGUCAGUGGAGCCGCCUGUGGGUGGGCGCGUGGGCAGCGGGAAUCCGACCCCACCCCUCCCCGGGGGUAACUGGGCUGGAAAGUGCCCCGCGGGGGCCGUGGGGAGGCACCCCGUGUUUGCACAGGCCACCUGGGAAUGUGGAGGGACAGCCCUGGGCACCCCUGAGUCAGGAGCUGCGGGCCCCGGGCCAGGAGGUCCCCUAACAUUCAGCCCCACCCCCAGCAGUGACCCCGCACCCCCAUCCCACGAGUGCGCUUUUGCUGACCUCCCAAAUGCACCCCCAACACACCGGGGCUCACCGUCCCCAUGGCCACCCCACCAGGGCCACCCCGCUUCUGCCCUCUCCGUCCCCACCAUGUGGCUGCCACGGGGCCUCUCCUGCUCAAGCACCCACCGUGGCUCCCGAGCGCCCACCUCGAAGGACUGA